CUUUACUGUCUUGGUUAUCGAGCCAGUGUAGUUCAGAUGGUAUGUUACGAACAUUAUAAAUCUUCAAUAUAUAACGUAAUGUCUAUUAAAUUUUAAAUUGCUAAUGUUUGCUUAAUUUAGAAAAAGCUAUAAAUGCAGUUAAAACAACAAGCAUCGCAGUUUCUUUAAAAACAAUUCAUGACCAGAAAUGAUGCAGUUCACUAUUUUCUUUAUUUACCUAAGUUAACGUUAGCUAUUUAUUUGAAAAUCGAAAAGAGAAGCUGUUUUUGUUUAUAUGUAAGUCGGUUUGUCCGAAAAUCAAUCAAAUAAGGGUAAACUCAUACGCAACAAUAGCGGCACGACGCGUGAGCUCUAAUCGUAAAAGUUAUAUUUUUUUAUAUUAAAGUCAAAUGUUUAAUGUUACCGAAUAAAAAUAUUGGCGGGUUGUUUAAGACGUACCGCGUCAGAGCUGCGCAGUAAUGUUUCUCUAAAUAAUUAAUAUAAGAGAAAUCGAAACCAAAGAGGCAUGGUUAGUUUCAUUUUCUUCAAUGCUGCACCGAUGCGUUAUACCACCCUCGCUAAUGGAUAAGGAUGGAGGAUGGACUGGGUCGGGAGCAUUCUGGCAGUGGUGGCACAGGAGGCUAGUGCUUUAGUGGAGUUACUCCGUGAUCAAAACAGCAAUGUUCUGGAUCGGAUUUUGGCUUUAGUGGAUCUCAGGACACAAGACCAGUUACGCUCACUCGAUACUAGAGAUCGAGUAACAGCAAUUGUAGAUUACUUCAAAACUUCAGAUUCUUCUGUAUGUAGAUGUUUUCUUCAGAUUGUAUUGGACUACUGUGUAAACAUUCCAUUUUAUCUUGAAACCACACUAGUGUCUGUGGCAGAAAAUGCAUCUGGACCAAACUUCAAUACAAGUGACACUGAUAAAUCUUCACCAUCACAUAAUGUGAAACGUCAACGGCUAGAUCAUUUAGAGAGUUACACAGAGGCCCUGAAAUCCAUGCUGCUGCAGAAACAUGAGACUGUGACGCAAACUGUGGUAAAGGACAUCCGUCUGGACGACACAUGGGUCUAUUUAAGGCACAGAAACCCUCUACGGACAAAAGACAGGACCACUCAAGACCACCAGGAUGGAGAUGAGGCUUUAUCGGAAAAUAAAGUGUCGGUUGAGUCGCUCUUACAAACCUAUGGCAGAGUUGUUGUGCUGUUGGGCCAGGCUGGAUCCGGUAAGACCUUGUUGGUUCAUUGCCUCGGUCAAAGCUGGGCCAACGGCUUCUUCCCGUCCAUUCAUUUACUCUUCCUGCUGGAAUUCCGUCAGCUUAACCUCAUGUCACGGGAUUUGUCCCUGAAAGAACUGCUGUUUCUUUUCUACCCUCCACGUAAUGAGGAGCAGGGUGAAGCUGUGUUUGCAUUUAUCUUCUCCAAUCCUGAAAAAGUCUGCUUCAUAUUUGACGGUUAUGAUGAGUUUCGUGCCAAGUUUACUAAUCCAGAAAAGCUUCAUAGUCCUAUUGAUUCAAACAACCCCUUGCCAAUGCCAGAUCUCCUCUCUGGAUUGUGCAAUCGUAAAAUCCUUACAAAUUGUACCGUGUUGGUCACCUGUAGGCCACGGGAUGUGACGGACAUGUUCGGGAGUCCUGGUUUUACAACAUGCGAGCUGUUGGGGUUUGACCGGUUGGGUGUGAAAGAGUACGCUGAGCAGUACUUCCACAAAAAGGGAGAUGAACUUAAACAGAAGGCUGUAAACCUGUUAAUGGACAAUCGUCAUCUUCUUUCAAUGUCUUAUGUUCCUGGACUCUGUCAUAUCUGCUGUGUAUGUAUGGAUUAUCUGUUCUCAAACAAUGGAGCUCAUGGUAAUCUACAGCUACCUGUGUCCUUAACCCAAAUUUACAUUCAGAUCUUGUCUGCCUUCCUUAGUCGCAUCAGUAAGGGGGAGAUGUCUGGCACACCUUUGCUCCAGAGGUACAAAACUAAAAUUAUUGAGAUGAGCCAGCUCGCUCUUAACGGACUGGAGAAAAGCAGCAUAGUUUUCAUGGCAACAGAAGUGUCUUCUGACCUCCAGGAGUUUGGUGUCAGAACUGGGAUUUUGUCCCGUGUGAAGCUUACAUGUGAAGAUGGAUCCUCAGGUUAUGGUUUUACGUUCAUGCACCUCACUAUGCAGGAGUUUCUUGCCGCCCUUCAUCUCAUGACCAGUCAAAGCAUCACAGAUGGUCAACUUAAAAAGAAACUUAACUUGAAAACACGCUGGACCACCAAGACUGAUCCAAAAUCAGUCUUCACCGAUUCUCUUCAUCUUUACGUGUGCGGUCUUGCAGCUGAGGCCUGUACCGCCAGUCUGGUCCAGCUGAAAGGGACGGAAGGUGCCAAGGCUUGGGUAACAAAGCGCCAAGGUGUUGUACGAGGCAUUUUACGGACUUUAGCCGGAAGCGCAAGUCAAACGGGUCCCAAAAUUGUUGAGCUCUGUCGAUGUGCUCACGAGACACAAGAUGUUGCAUUGGCGAGAGCUGUCGGGUCAAGACCCCAGUUCGAACUGCGAAAUAUCAGACUCAACGCUGUUGACAUGGAGGCCCUGGCAUUUGUGACUGCUGCUGCAGAUCAUACUGUUUGUUUGGAUUUUGGUGGCUGUUCUAUUGACCUUGAUUGUUUGGAAAUCCUUCCCAGUUUUGAAAAUGUGGAUCACCUCAUUUUCCGGAGUCGGAAAUAUGAUGACAAGUUUGCGGAGGCUUUGUGUGGUAUCCUGUCAAAACUCCAUUCCUUGAGGCGAUUAGAUUUUAUCAGUGGAGGCCUCACUGACACUGGAGCCACUAAACUUGCCAGGACUUUGCAGGACUGUCCACAUAUCACACAUUUAAAUGUCAGUGAUAAUUCCUUGAGAGAUGAUGGUAUAAGAGAGAUCGCAGAAACACUAUCCGUACUACCCAACAUCUCUUCUAUUGUAAUGGGGAAAAACAGCAUCUCUACAAAAGGAGUUCUCAUGCUUACUGAAAAGAUGUCCGCCUGUCCCUCUGUACAGGAACUCCAUGUUGAAGGAAAUAAGGAGAUCAACAUUUUCUUCUCACAAAAUCGUAACACAAUUUGUGAACGUGUGGACCUGAGUCAAACGAAAAAGAGCAUAACAUUGAAACAGUGUAACAUCACCUGUGCUCAUGUGGCCAGCCUGUGUACAAAACUCAAAGGCUUCUUAACCAUUUUAGAUUUGUCCAAUAACUCUCUGGGUAACAAGGGUUUAAAGAAACUUCUAGACCUUCUGCCUAAACUUGGACUGAUUCAGGAGAUCAAUGUCAGCAAAAAUGGGGUAGAUAUGGACGGGCUGGUGUCACUUGUUUCUGCUCUCUGUACGCAGAAGAGCCUGAGAAAAGUGGAUGCAAGUGAAAAUGCAAAGGAAAAAUUGGUUCUUUGGUUUGACACCAGUCGAAGACAUGCUUCAAAACAACUGGCCCUAAAUGAUCCUGGGCCACAUCUGCAUAAAACAUUCAGUUUAACCCAUAGUGACAUCCAACCUACCUACAUGACCAGACUGUGUAAGCAACUGGUUAAGUGUAAAGACUUGUUGGAUAUCGAGUUCUCCCAUCUAAAAUUGUCAAAUGAAUCUGUUGAGAAGUUGCUGUCGAUCCUUCCCGAAAUGUCUUCUCUUCAACUACUGAACUUAAAUCAUGUUGACAUGUCUACGAAUGGGGCUUUGUCAUUGGUCAGAUCUCUUGUUAACUGUCAGCGUGUCACAGCUGUUGAACUCAGGCAUCAGGCAGAAGCAUUCAUCAAGUUCGUUCCUGUCAAGGCAGAGGCAGCAGUUUGCAAGCUUGUGGAGUAUGAGCUAAACAAAACCAAUGUUGAAAAGCUCUCAAGGAUACUGGAGGACUGUCCUCACCUAGCAGAACUUGAUUUGUCCAACAACUUUCUUCGGGACGAGGGGGUGAAGUGUUUUGUGGAUUGUUUGCCAAAACUAAAGAUCUCCAGCUCAGUGAGCCUCAAUGGCAACAGAAUGACGCAGGUGGGGGCACUGCAUCUGGUCAACUCAAUGAACACCUGUGAAAAAGUGGUUGCUGUUGAAGUCAGUCUCGGAGUUGAAGAUCAGUCUCUCAUUCAGUUUAUGCAAGAACAUGUCAACGGCAAGACUCUCAGACUAAGGGAAUGCAGUUUUGAGGUCAACCACUUAAAGACGCUUGUGGAAAUACUGAAGAGAUGCCCAAGACUGCUUACCUUAGAAUUGUCAUCCAAUUCACUUAACAAUCAAGGCCUGUUUUCUUUAAUGGACUGUCUGGCCAAGCUAUCCACAAUCCAAACUAUCAAGUUAAGAAAUAACGGUCUGAGUUUCGAGCAGACUGAGUAUUUCGUGAAGCAGCUCAGCUGUCAUCGCCAACACAAAGACAUCAGGAUUGAAGAGCCGUGGAUGACGGGAAGUGCUGUUGUCAGUCUAGUUGGUAACUGCUUGAAUCUGGAAUCAUACAUCGGAGAGAUCAGGGUCAAGCGUGCAUCCAUUAAUCUUAUUAUAGAGGCCGAUUCCAGUCUUCAUUCUGCUUCUGUAAAUGAAAACAAAGAUUUUGCACUACGUACUCUGAGAUCCAUCAGCUUUGAUGACUGUGACACAGAAGGUCACCAUCUCAGUCCGUUAAUACUUCCAAUGCAGAAAUGUCAUGGCUUGCAGAAUUUAAAAUUUUCUCUGCUGAAAAUGGACAGAAAAGGUGCUGAGUUUUUUUCUGUAGUCAUUCCGUCUUUAGUGAGUCUCAGGAACCUCAUUGUUGAUUUGAAAGGAGCAGCUGAAGAUGAGGUGGCAAUACUUGUGGAAGCAUUACCAAAAGCACAAACAUUUGAGAGUCUGAGUUUGUCUCAGCUUGUUGUGGAUGACAAUGGGGCUACAGUAUUCGGCAGGGCUCUUCAAAAUCUGCCACAUCUCAAGUCCCUCAAUCUCUCUCAGGUCUCCUGUUGGACAGCAGCUCGAGGAUGUGACUUGGUCAGAGGUCUGGUGCAAUGUGUUUCUCUGUCAGAAAUCAGGCUGGACUCAUUGGUACUGAAUGAAGAGGGCAUUAAGAUUUUGGCAGGAGGCUUCUACAGUAUGUCCUCACUUAGGAAGCUCAGCUUAAACAACAUAAGUGUGGAAACAUCUGAGACAUUCGUAAAUGGCACUGGUAUACUCUGUCUCCUGGCUUCCUUUCAGGGAUUUAAACAGAUGGAAGAGAUUGAGUUGGAGAGCUGGCGAAUGGGAGAUAGUGGAGCUCACGAGCUUGUGAAGCAUAUUUCUUCGUGGACCGAACUGAGGAUAUUAAAUCUGUCAAACAAUAGUGUGAGCGACCAGGCUGGAGAAAGACUGAUAGAGGCUUUAUCACAUUGCAGAGCUCUUCAGAAACUACAGCUCUCCAAAAACCAACUGGGUCAAGCCUGCGCUGCUAAACUAGCACAAGUCCUUCCAUUACUGUCUCAGAUCUCAGACCUGAAUUUGUCAGAGAAUCAGUUUGGUCCUAAAGUAUCCUUGGCACUUUGUGAGGGUCUGGUCAGCAUGAAGGCACUGAAAAGACUACACUUGACCUCAAUUGGCUGUUCAGAUUUGGUUGGUGUGGCAUUGUCCCUCAAACAUUGUCCAUCCAUAGAGGAUGUCAGCUUGUCAUGGAACGAAUGUGGUGAUAUGCUGGCACAAAAACUGGCUGAGAUUUUGCCUCUGUGUACAAUGUUGAAGAGACUUGACCUGGAGGCCAAUAAAAUAACCAAAACAGGAGCCACAGAGAUUGCCAAAUGCCUCCCGUCAUGUCCUUCCAUUGAAGUAAUAAGGCUCUGGAGGAACCCAAUUGCCAAAGAUGAUGAGAAUCUCAGAGAUCUCAGGCUGAACUUCGCAUCUGUUUAGUCAUAUUUUAUGAUGUUCUUUCGUGUAGAAAAAAAAUCAUAUUUAUUAUUUUGGAUUUAAUAGGAGAACACAUUACCUCAUUAGAGCAACUCAUAACCCAAAAAAACACAGUUUACAAAUUGUUAGUAGACAAUUGUUCAGGGAAUGUUUUGGAUAUGCCCAUCUAAUGGAAGAUAUUUUGCUUAGAAUCUCAUUUAAGUGUAACUUGUCAUUUCAAGUGUAAGAUCAAGAAACAGCUUACUUGCCUGAAUAAUGUUUUUCUGCAAAAUAAUUUUAAAUAGGCUUUAUUUGGUUGUAUUUGGCAUAGUGAAGCAGGCUGCCCUAUUUUAAAAUUGAUCAAAUAUAUGCUUUGUUGAUAUUGAAGUGAGAUUAUUUAGUGCUCCAUUAUAGGCAUUCCUUCAUUGAACUACCUGGACAUCAACACGUUGUGUUCUCCUUUAAAGCACGUAUUUAUUUAUGUGUGAUCACUGUAAGGUUUUUAUUGCUCGAUAGUUGCACUGAUGAAUUGUCAAACUUUUGAAUAAAUACAAACUAUUUUAUCAUUUUAAA